AUAAAUAAAUAAAAGGAAAUUUUGCUUCUUGUACGCUUGGAGGUGUAGUGUAUAGGGGCUUAGAGAGGGUUUUACGAAGGACAGCAAUGGCGGAUCCGAACCCUCGGGGCUGCUUCAGAUGUCAUCACUGCGCAGGUCCUCUUUCCAAGGACAUGGGGACCAGCGAUUGGAACGUGUCUCCCCUCAUCAGAGACAGCUUUUCCAUGAUCGGUUCAGCUGUGGGUGGUACAGCCAGCGCCUUUUAUGGAUUUAACCAUGUGAUGCCAAUUGUCCGGAGGUGGGUAAAAGGGCCAAUGUGGUUACAUUUCCUUAUUGGUGCACCCCCAGUGAUAGUGUUCUCUUCAGCCUGUGCAGGAUUGGCAGGUGGUACGGUGCCUGCUCUAGCCCAACUGGGGUCUUCAUCUUAUCAUGCGGCUGUCUCCUCUCCAUUGCCUCCUUCAGCUUCUCAAGAUGAUAAAAUCCCCAAAUCAAGAACUUCAUCUACCCUGUAAAUGUUACCUCAGCUCUAUCACUCUGAUUUGCCCGUGCAUGGGUGCUUGGGACCGAGGAAGAGAGUUUGCCUGUGCAGAUUUGCUUAGCUUUCGGGGAUUUGUUCCAUCAACUCUGUAUUUAAUGAUCAACUCAAAUGUUAACUUACAUGUCAAAGCUUCAUCUUUUGCAUUGUGAUCACUCUGGGUAUGAUUUCCUUUGCACCUCAUUCCCUAUUGCGGAAGCGAAUUGGAUUUCCUCCUCGCUAUGUUAUCAUCCCUGACAAACUUGGCUUGAUGCAUGAAUAAAAACACCGGUUACAAUCAGGA